UUAGGAGGCACACUUGCUCUCACAUCCAUGACCUCCUCACGGGUCUUUUUGACUACAAGGUCCAACCAACUAAAGAGUAUAUCGGCUGGUUGGGAAGAAAUCCAUAUAUUGCCAAGCAGGUCAAUGCAGAUGUGGUUACAAAAACUGAGACAUUGACUAUUGAAGAAAUAUUCUCCUACAUGAAGCAGGGAGCUGUGAAGGAUGCUUUCUUUGUGUGCACUGCGACAAUCGAUGAUGUUGUCCACGACUCUCCUUGGUAUUAUAUAGCAUGCGGUGGGUGCAAAACAAAGGCAACCAAAGGGCCAACCUCCCUUAUGUGCGCGAAAUGUGGCAAGAACGAUGUUGCCGGUGAACCACAAUACCUAGCUAAGAUUUAUGUUUAUGAUAAGAGUGAUGAGGCUGUUUUUGUUCUCCUUGGCGAUGCCGGUCGUGAGCUAACAGGGAAGCAUGCGUCGGAGUUGGUUAGCAAUUAUUUUGAGGCCAAUGGAAAUAAAGAAAAUGGAUUCGAGGUGCCCGUUCCGCAAGUUUUGCUCAACACAAUAGGGCAAACACACAAGUUCAAUGUAAAGGUGACUGAGCACAAUUUUUCAGGCAGGACGCGGGUAAUAACCGUGACGAAUGUCCUGUCCCCAUCUGCUCCACCAUCUACACAAGAUCCAGUUGCUGAUCAAAUUAGUGGCUCUGGUAAUGGAACACUUGCGACUGGGUAUGACGUUAUUGAGCCAUCCAAAAGCCCUCAAGAUUCUGCAGAGGUAGUGCUGAAAAGGAUGGGUGAUGGUGUUGAGAUAGGCAACGCUAAACGUUUUAAAGAUGGGAACUAAUAUGCCUCUCAUCGUGGCAAAGAAUGCAACUUUUACUACACUUAUCUGUUUUAGCUUUCCAGUUUUUUUGGCUUUUGUUUGACUCUUUCUCCUAAUUCUGCUUAUUUCAUACUUUUGAAUCUAAUUUGGAAACAAUUUGUUUUUUAAAGUAUGGUACUAACUUUUUUUGAAUCAGCAUGAGUUUCACGUUAAAAGCAUGGUACUAAUUUUUUUUUUUAAAUUACCGGACCCAAAUUAGUGCUACCAAAUAAUAUCUAAUGCCUUGAUUUAUGCCCCAUAUCAAAAGAAUCAAUUGCACAAUUAAGUUGAAUAUUUUUUUUCCAUAUUUGUAAAUCCUUACCUUAAAAACCAGAGCCAAUAUAUUAUCUCCAUAGAAGUCUAUGUCACUCAUUAGCUUGAUUUUACUCUUAAUACAAGUUUUGAUUUUCAUUGAACGUGGAUUAAAAGUUUUAUAUCUCCUUCGAUAUUUGAAAACAAAACAAAAACACCUAGAUUAAGUCCCCUUUGUCUAAAAAAAUUAGACUAUAUUUUUUUCGUGGAAUUUUUUUCCAAAAAGACUGAUUAUCAUAGGAUAGAAUUUUGUUUUUUUUGUCUACCAUUGAUUUGUUUAGUUCCCUGGCACACAGGUUGUGUUUCCAGUGAGUAUAUACGAAAAAUAUAGAACACUAAGAGAAGCCAAACUCUGGAAAGCAUAGCCAAACCACGCUUGGCCAACAUAUAAAUGUUAGAUGUUAGUAACUAUUAAUUUGGCUAAAUGGUUUCCUAUAAGUAUGCCAGUAUACACACAGAUACAUAGUUGUAUGCUUAUUAUUAUAUCAAGCUAUUCUACAGCUUCGCUAUUUCCCCCAUGGUAUGAGAAUAUUACUAAACCAAGUAAUAAAAUAUAAUUAAUAUGCUAAGUCUAAUGAGACAAUCAAAUUAUAAAAGUUAUCUUUAUAUCAAACUAUUCAACAGACCUUUUUGAGAACUUGAUUAUAAAUUCACCAUUGUUGUCUAUUCAAAUUAUAUUAGCAUACUUAUUUUAGUCAGUGGACAUAAAUAUUAGGUAUUACAGUAAAAAUAUUUCAGAUUUACCUACCAACUUGAAGGAAAUGUUUCUUUUCCCUGCAAUUACCGAGGACAUUAAAACCAAGAUGUUUCAACACAUGUUUUAAAAGCCACCAAAAAAAAUUCAAAAAAAUACACCAGUUUCCAAAGUAAUCAGAUGUAAGUUUUAACACAAAUUUAGUGUAAAGGUGGAUCCAAAAAAAAAACUAUUGUAUUGAAUAUUUUGUAUUUUUAAUCAAUUAGGUUUACAGAAUUCCUCAAAGGUUAAUGAUGGAAAAAAUAAAAAUAAAAUAAAUUUAGAAAUUACCACUUUAAAAACCUCCCUAGGGUAAACAUUUAUUAAAAAAAAAAACUAUACACAUUGGAUACUAUAUUAUGAAUCAAACUAUGCCUACAUGGUUUUUAGAAAAUAUAGACUACUAUCUGUUCAGAAGUUUAAUGUCAAAUAAUUAUACUCUACUAUUACUAAGUUAUACUUUUUCAAAUUAGCAUAAUUUAUACUUUUAUAUCUAAAAAAAUAUUCCAAACGUUUACACAAAAUAUUCCAAACAUUUA